UAUCCUUUUUUGAUUUUCCUCCCGAUGUCUCCGCGUUUGUCUGUCUGGCUCCAUAACAUUGGUGAGACGCUUACUCCUGUGCUUAGCAACUCGAAGUUUCAAGAAACGGGUAUAAUUACCCCUAAAGAAUUUGAAAUAGCAGGGGACUAUUUAACCUACAUGUGCCCCACGUGGAAAUGGUGCACCUGUGAAAAAGGAAAGCUAAAAACUUAUUUAUCCAAAGAUAAACAAUUUUUGCAGACAAAAAAUGUUCCCUGUCAUAAGAGAGUUUCUGAAAUUGAUCUCCUCGGUGAAGAAAAAGUGGUUGUCGAAUCGGAUGGAGAGGAAUGGGUGGAUACACAAAUUCUUUCCGAAUUUCAUUCUACUGUAGAGGGAGCCACUGAUGAUAUACAAGUCAUAGAAGGAAAAACGACAAAUGCUGGAGAUAUUAGUGAUACGUUAGGUCAACUUGCAAUCCAGGAAGUUGCAGAAAGUGAUUCGGAUUGUGACAUUGAAGACCUGGAAGCAGCGGCGUCUGACUUUAAGGAAGUAUUUGCUGUUGCACCAAAACCGCAAGGAGAUAACGAAAAUGUUGUUAAAACCCGUACUUAUGAUAUUACGAUAACUUACGACAAGUAUUAUCAAACGCCCCGUGUGUGGCUUACCGGCUACAACGAGCUUGGUGAACCUUUAACCCGGCAGGAGAUGUUUGAAGAUUUUAGCCAAGACCACGCCAAGAAGACGGUAACCUACGAAACUCAUCCUCAGUUGCCUUGCAAUAUGAUGUCUAUUCAUCCUUGCCGCCACGGCAAAGUCAUGAAGCGACUUUUACAAAACUAUAAGGGAUCUACUCCUGUUAAUGUCCACUUGUAUUUAAUUAUAUUUUUGAAGUUUGUUCAGUCGGUGAUUCCUACAAUCGAAUACGAUUUUACAAAAGAAUUUGACUGUGGCGGAGGGGAAAGAUAAAUGCCGUUUUUUGUAUUAAAAAUUAUUUAAUGAGA